CUUUAAUUGGGAAAUCUUAAUUUGCUGGUAUGCUUUUGAGUCUCCUGCAAAACAGUCCAGAAGCUCCCUGAGUGUCUGUCUGUUGUUGAGGUGGGGUGUGUGACCAUAGCUGUCAACUUUUCCCUUUUUUUAAGGGACAUUCCCUUAUUCCGAAUAGGAUUCCUCACAAGAAAAGGGAAAAGUUGACAGCUCUGUGUGUGAUGAAUGGAAAACCAAGGGGAGGUGGAAUGGAAUGGAGUAUCCUUUAAGGAGGCACACCUGGCUGGCUGGAACACAGAACACUCCUCGCGGUAAUAUUCUGAUGCAGGUGCUAUUUGUAUGAAUACAUUAGAAAUACCUUAUAGUGGCAAUUAUAUUCUUCAACCAUUACAUCAUAGUUCAUUUCUGGCCACUGUUGGGCACUGGAUUUAGGUAAGGUUUUGAACCUGAGGCCAUAAGCAUAACAUAAUCUGGAGCAGGCUUCCUCAACCUUGGCCCUCCAGAUGUUUUUGGCCUACAACUCCCAUGAUUCCUAGCUAGCAGGACCAGUGGUCAGGGAUGAUGGGAAUUGUAGUCUCAAAACAUCUGGAGGGCCGAGAUUGAGGAAGCCUGAUCUAGAGUGAUGAUGUCACCACUUUGUACUAACUUUGAACUGUCCUAAAUGCCCGAAAUUCAGCACUGCCAGCAGCCUCCAGCUGGUAGUACGGGUGCAUACGAAUGACAUCAUCAACAUGUGCCAACCACAGGAGGGGCAGGAAAACAUUGAGGAAUUUUUAGACAUUAGGAAGAGACAGUGUCCCCCUGCUUUGGCUCCACUGCAAGAAGGAAUGGUGUGUCCACCACAUUUGCAGUGGUAGCGGUACAGCUAACACUGUGGCCUGCUAUAAGUGGCACUUUCUGACAUGAAAGUUGUCAAAGCUCUCAUGCUGCACACACUUUGUCACCCUUAAGUCCAGGUUAUGUCGUUAUGGCAACCACACAAAACACUUCCCUCCUCUGAUGAGCAGGUGACAGCUGCUUAGCAAAGGCUGACAAGUAAAAUAAGCUGCUGCCACCUCAGUGAAGCAUAAGUUAAGAAGCAGUUAACAAUAAGUAAUUGAACUGCCUCAGCUAAGCCUCCCUAACUACCAAGAAGUAUUCAAUACAAUACAAUAGUAUUCCAUUUUCCAGGGAACAAAUACAAAAUACCAAAAGAUAGCUGAAAUUCUCAGUUAUUGUGUCUUUCAGAUUAGUUGACAUGAUUAAGGGCUUUAUUUGAGGCUAAUGUGUGCUGAAAGUAGAGUUGAGAGUCUGUGUAUCGCCUCUUUUUCUUCUUGAGUUAAGUAACUGAGCUAAGGCCCAACACUUCCACAAGCCAGUGCUUUUCAAACUUUUUACUUUCAGGAGAUUUUCCACACACCUGUUUGCCUGCAGAAUUUCUGCAUUUCAGAAAAGAUUCUGGAUGAGAUGUUCAAGACCUUUCCUAAUCUGGUACCUUCCAGGUAUUGUUGGACUACAAUGCCCAUCAUCCCUGACCAUUGGCCAUGCUACCUGGGGCUUAUGAGAGUUGGAGUCCAUUGCAUCUGGAAGGGGGAGGGCAGGUCAGAGAAGAUUGUUCUAGGAAUAUAAAAAUGGUAAUAUAUUUAUUUUUAAUUUAAUUUUAGUUUCCCAUUGCUCUCAGUGGUAACAGUUGCAACUUUUCUUAAGUUGGUUCUGUAAUGCUUUCUCAUCCUCCAGUGAGGACUGCUAGCUCUUUAGUGACUCCCACUCAGAGAAAUGCCUGGCAGGCAGAAAAGUGAUGCAGAUAGCAGUCAUCACAAAGUCACAAUGGCCAGUUCCUCUCCUGCAGGCAGGUGACAUCAGCUCAAUGUCACAAUGACCAGUCUCUCUCUCACUGUCUCAAGCAGGCAACAGCAUUUGGGCACCUCUCACACCAAGGCAAGCAGGAACCCAUGGGCACAGCCUUUAUUUCUCUUCAUUGUGGUGGAUAGCAGCCAUAUGUGGGCACAGUGGCCACCAGGAUCGCUCUUAUUCAAUAAGAGAAGCAGCAGGCAUGGGGAGCUGGCAGGUAGGCCUCCGAGGUUAUUAUUCCAUGACUUCUACAUAAAGGAUAUACCCCAGAGUGGCUUGGCACAACAACUUAAAGAUUGGUACAGGAAUGGGGAUGAGUGGAUGAAUGUUGGCAGCAACCCAGAUACAAUAGCAAGACAACUUGCAGAGUCAGAGCUUGGCAUAGUUUGAUAGAGAUGAUGGUGGCCAGAAGAAUAGCAGGCCCUGGCCUGAAACCCAUAUAUGAUGGAAGAGCUCAAAUUUUCAGCAUGUGCCCAACAGUGGGAAAAUUGGAAGGAGGCAGACAACAGUGCACAUGGAAGCAGGUGCAGCCAACAGUAGCAAACAGAGGAAGACAUUGUCUGACACAUCUGAUACUGCAGGACUUCAGCUUUUAGCAUGUGUCUCAGGGGGCAAAUAGCAGGUGGAGGAGAAUGGUAGCUGCUAGGCACAGAUGCAACAGAAUAUGAGAUGAGGAGAAAUGAGAGAGAACACUGGCAGAGAAGAGACGGUAUGGAGCAGAAAUGCCAAUGAUUAUCCUAAACUUGGCAGUGUGCUGCUGACAUCAAAUCACAGGGCAGCUCAGGGAACCCCAGCAAUAUCUAGUUGGCCUUCAGGAACACUAGUUGCUCCCACCCACCCAUCCGCCAUCUAUGAAUGGUGCAAGCUCAUAGGUUUUUUAAUUAUACAUGCUUUCGAAACCUACAUUAGAAGAGUCCAAUGAUAAAUUUGAAUAUAGUACACUUUAUGUUAGUGCCUUAAUGCAAAAGAACCAAAGGGGAUUGUGUGGACAAACAGAUUGAAAAGAAAAAGCUUAUAUUAAUAACAUUGUCAUUAAAUAUUACUGUGUUGAGCAUAGUCUGCCCAAUUUCAGGGGCACUAAGGCUUGGGCUCAGGGACGCGGGUGGCGCUGUGGGUUAAACCACAGAGCCUAGGGCUUGCCGAUCAGAAGGUCAGCGGUUCGAAUCCCUGCGACGGGGUGAGUUCCUGUUGCUCGGUCCCUACUCCUGCCAACCUAGCAGUUCGAAAGCACGUCAAAGUGCAAGUAGAUAAAUAGGUACCGCUCUAGCGGGAAGGUAAACGGCGUUUCUGUGCUCUGCUCUGGUUCGCCAGAAGCAGCUUAGUCAUGCUGGCCACAUGACCUGGAAGCUAUACGCCGGCUCCCUCGGCCAAUAAAGUGAGAUGAGCGCCGCAACCCCAGAGUCGGUCACAACUGGACCUAAUGGUCAGGGGUCCCUUUACCUUUACCUUAAGGCUUGGGUUCAACCAGCAUAAAACAUAUUUCAAUUAUACUUAACUAUCUUCAGCCAAAGCUUGAAGAACUCCAUCUAGACUUUUGAAAAUCUGUUCUUCACCUUCGGAGUCCCCUCCAUCAAAUCUGAGAUGCUGCAGGUGUAGAUUCAAGGACUCUGUUCAGAAGGUAAAAAUAAAUGAUGAUUGUUUGUUUAUGAUGUCAUGCAUAUAUUAAAGAAGCAUGAGAGGUUACUGUGGGUAGGUUUUUUUUGAGGGGAGGGGUGUCAUUUAAAGACCAAUCACAAAUUUUACUCAUAUGUUUGCUCUGCUUCCCAGAAACAUCUGCAUCACCAUAAACUAAAUAAUGUAAAGAUGUAUGGAAUAUAUGAAUAUAUACACACAUGUUGAGCAUUUUUUUUAAAAAAAGUCUAAAUUUUCUGCUAAACUAAAUCCAGAUUCUCUGCAAAUGAUAACUUUAUACAAAUAUAGCAAACAUGCAUAAUUUUUGCUCCUGCUGUGAUCCAAACCUGGUUCAGACACCAUUUCUUCUUUAUGAAAAUACAAGACAACCAUCCUUUUGAUUCAAAUGUAGUUUUACAAAUAGCAAGAACCUUGGGUUAAUCAUUCAGUUUAUACACCGUUUACUUAAGAAAAAAAUUCCAGGUGUUGUUAUUUCCCUAGUGAUUGGUUCAGUGGAAUAACACCAUAUGCACAAUGACUUUCGAAGUCCUUGAAAGACGUUGGCCAGAUGUAAGAUCAUCUUGCUUUGAUUUAAAACCAAGAUACAGGAGAGAAAAGAAUAAUUGUUGGUGGGAAGGCUGAUUGAUGAAGGAUAUCUCCAAAUGUAAAGAUUUUAAACUUUUCUCCCUCAGAGCUCACAUUUAUGAGUAGGAAAUUUGAAGUAGGAUUUCCAAUAAUAAAAUAGGAAACUAUUUGUCUCCUACAUGAGAUGUAGGGUUUAAUCUUUCAUUUCAAGCCAAUGCUAUAUAGAUGCAUCUUCAAAACAUUGGUAAGAAUCCUAUAUUUAGCAGGAUGCUCAAGUUAAGAAUACCCUCAUUUGCUGAGCAUCCAUGGGUUAACUUCAAACAAUAUAUGCUUCUUGUUUACAUAUAUCAGAGUUCUCAACUUGAAGGUCCAAUACAUGUGUUGAGUGCUUUCAGAUGCUAUAGAGGGGAGGCUACCCAGUCAGAUGGGCAGAGGUACAAAAAAUAAAAUUAUUAUUAUUCAGGCACCACAUUGAAACUAUCCUUAUGAAAAAGAAUCAGUGUGUGCCUGGCUGAAGAGAAGGGCAUCAUGUAGAAUGCAAAAGUAAUGCUUUCAGACUAGCACAGGUGGGUUUUGGGCCAGUACAUAUCCACUUGGAGGCAAGAGAGAGGGUAAAGAGGAUGACCAUUAACCCAAAAUGAGGAUUAAGAGAAGUGCUGGGGCAAGCGUUGGAGCCGAGGAAUGCCUUUCAUUAGUCAGCUCAUGAGAGACAACUGGAAUGUGGAUUCUCCUAGGAUGAUCACACUGCAGACCCUCCUUUAAAACUAUGACUGAACAGGGAGAAUAUAAUGAGAAGAUGUCGCCUAUGGGACUUUGAAGUAGUUUGCAGUACUGUGAAAGCGGAAGGCUGUAGAUAGGCAGACAGAGGAAUAAGGGGAAAAAGACUCUCAUAUCUGGUAUAAUGAGGCUAAAAAUAUAUUUCUAUAGCAAUAAUGACUUUGCAGUGACCCUUGUGAAAGGGAAUCCCGUUUAAGCAGUUCUUACAAAUACAGUAUCAUUAAGCAGUGCAAGGCCAGCUUCAUAUGAAAAUUGCAUCCUUUUCAACUCUUUCAGAUCUUUCUUAACAGGAAUCAAUAGCUAUUCAGAGGUAGCUAUAAUUAGCGCAUCUGUAGAGUUUAUUUUAUUACUGCUCAUUGAUAGUUAAGGCCUGGAUCUUCACAACAACCAUAUGAGGUACUCUAAGCUGGGAAAUAGUGCAGCCAAUGAACUUCAUGACUGGAUUUGAAGCCUGCAAUGUCAGAUUUAGGUUCAGCCCUCGAACCACUGCACCAUAUUGGCUCUCUGCAUCUCCACUACAUGCCAUACCGAUCUGUCAUUCAGCAGUAUAGCAUCACACUUCUCAUCUGAUAGAAGAGGAUGAAGCAUUUUGGAAUGUGCAAAAAUAGUAGCUUGAAAAUAUGCACAAUGUAGGACAUCAGCUUGGAGAUUCUUCAGAAGAAAGCCUUGUGAAGAAUUGAGCUCAAUCCUUCACAGGGUAUUUUAAGUCAAGGUUAGGUAACCUUCCUCACCCCCAAGGACCACAUCUACUCCUGGCCACCAACCUCAAACAUAUUCCCCUUACAUACUUACCCAGCAUAUUGAAAUCUCCUACGCACUUGCAGCAAAUGUAACUGAGGUUGGCAACCAAGGCUGGGGUUCAGUGUCCAGGGGAUAUUCCUUCAUCACAGGGGCCUAGAUGACCCUCAGGAUGGCUUCCAACUCUACAAUUCUGUUUCUUUUUACCAUAACUGACUUACAAAGCAGAGGGAAACUUGUAAUUACUGGAAAUGAACGUUUUCACAUAUCUUUUUCAGCGGCACAGUUGGAUUUUGAAAUAAGGAGCCAAUUUUAAGACUUGGCGAUGGAGAGAAUUCUGUUAUGUAAAUGAAACAGUGCUGAAGACAGAACAAAAAAUAAAGUUACUUUCCAUGCCAAA